CUGCCCCACCAAAAAUCUGCCAGCCGCCUCCGGCAACUCCAAAACUUUUUUUUUUCUACGAAUGUCACAGCAGCCGCUCCCACCAAAUUUACACCAUCUUCACCACAAACGCCAACACCCGGCGGAAGAUACACAUACGCCCAAAAUGUCGGGAUUCCAGAUCCCCGGCCUCGGCCACGCCAAACCCGGCGAAAAACUUCCUCCUCUGCCCGCCGACAUCCUCGCCGCCGCCGCCUCUGCCCACGGCACCGAAGACCGCCCCGAGACCGACGCUGCAGCUUCAGAUGCCGCUCCUCCUCCUCUCGUUGACGAUGACGCCAUGGCCAUCGAUCAGCCCUCCAGUCCACCCUCUCUGACCGGCGCUCUCGAAGCAGCCCUCGGCGGCCUCGAAGCUCCUCCUCCCAACCCCGAACCAGCUCCCCUCCAGCCCGACACCAGCGAGAACCCCGAAUGGGAGAUUGACUCGUCGCCAUAUGCCUCAUCUUCAUCAUCUGUCUCGACAACCUCCUCUGAAGACGAAGACUCGGACGCCGAGCCCUACGAGCUCAUGAGCGUCGAAGAGACGGCGCGCAUGCUCAUGGCCGAAGCCGGGUCCGACGACGAAGGCGACUCCCGCAACACCAAACCCAGCGCCGCCUCCGCCCUGCGCACCAAGAACGAAAUCGUCGAAGACCCCGUGCCUCUCCCCGACGUCACCAUUACCGACGACAUGCCCCUCGAAGAGCUCGGCUCGAUCCAGCACAUUGUCGACACGAUUGCCCUCGUCGCGGCCGUCACGACAGGCGAAUACCAAGUCCUCGACACAGGCUCUGUACUAUGCACCGCCUCGCGCACCAUCAUCGGCACCGUCGCCGAGACCAUUGGUAAGGUCCUGCAGCCGCUGUACACGGUGCGCUUCAACUCGGUCGACGAAAUCACCACGUUUGGCCUCGAGGUCGGCACCAAGAUCUUCUACACGCCCGCGCAUGCGACGUUUGUCUUUACUGAGCCCCUCAAGGCCGUCAAGGGCUCGGACGCUUCCAACUUGUACGAUGAAGAGGCGGGCGAUGACGAGAUGGAGUUUUCCGACGACGAGAAGGAGGCAGAGCAUAAGCGCGCCAUCAAACAGAAGAAGAAGGACAAGUGGGCGGCCAAGAACCCGGAUAAAGUGCAGCAGCCGUCGCCGCUGCGCCAGGAGACGUCUGGUGGUCUCAACUACGACGAUGUUGAUGUCGAAGACGGGCCCUACAAGCCCCUUGCUAGGCCGUCCAGCAUGGCCUCUGGUCCCUCGGGCGAAUCGUACGAGUCGAAUCCGCGACGAGGAGGCGGCCGUGGUGCGUUCCGCGGUAAAGCGAGAGGACGUGGCGGGCGUGGCGGCUACGCUAACCGUGACGGAUACGCGCUUCCUCCACAAGGUCAACAACAACAGCAACAGCAACAGCCCGCGCCAUCAAUGCCGGCUUUUGGAUUCCAGGUUCCCGGCUUUCCUGGCGGAGCUGUGCCGCCCCCUCCUCCGGGAUGGCAGCCUGGCCAGCAGGCGAAUCCUGCGGCCAUUCUUGCUGCGCUGAUGGGCCAGAUGCAGGCACAGGGCGGACAGCCAAACGCAGGCUGGACACCGCCACCACCACCUCCUCCUCAGUAAACGCGUUUCGUCAUUGUUCUUGUAUAUAGAUACAUCGGGAUCAUUGGAUAAAAAGGGACGGGUAUCACGCAUUAUAGACUGGAGU